AUGGAGCAUAAAACGGCCAUAUGGAACAGUGAAGGCCCGUGGAGCCUCACCCUAUUUUAUGAGAAAGUGACCAGUUCUCCCUCUUACGCGGUAGUCCCCGUGCACGGUUCGGGCCAGCUGAGGAUUUUCAAUGGACUACCAUGUCUAAUAGAGUUAGAUCCUCCGAUUAAUGGCCAAUCUACAAUUCCUCCACUUGGAGCGCUGCAAGUAAAUAACGUCGAAGUUGUUAAUGGAACACGAACUCUCACAGAGAGACUGAAGAUAAAUGCCCAAGCGCCCUUUUUAAACACAACGAUAGAACCAACGAACUGGACUGAGGAUGUUGUUGUUUUUGAGGCAAAGAGCACAUCGUAUUUGGUGACCAUUUUGAAUGACCGGAUUACCUUACGACGAAUUCCGGGACAUGAUGACGUCACAAAGUCACCUAGUAAUGCGCCGAGAGUCAGAGUAAUCAGCAACUUUGACGCCUACCUCACUCUGAGAAACCAGUACGACAGUGAGUUUCAUUUUUCACUGAGUGGCGCUGAUCAGGUUACGACUUUAGAUGAAGUUUACUCUGGCAGCUAUAAACCAAUUUUAAAUGGUAGGAUACUCGCGUCAAAUUUUUUAUUGGAAAGUGGUGGUGUAUAUACAAUAGUACUGCAGAAAUUUGGCACAAAAUUUACGGAAAACUUGCACAUUAUAACACCUCCUGCGACGUUACACAUGAUCUGGACAUUCCCGCAAAUUUUCGUCGUGACAAUGGCGGAAAUUUUCUUCGUGGUUACGUACUUAUCAUUUUCCUUCACAGAGGCUCCUGAAAGUAUGAAAAUCUUUGAUGACUUCUGUGCUGUAUGUAGCCAACGCAUUAGGCAACCUGCUUGUUGUCAUAAUUUCAAAUAUGAGCUUCUUCCGUGAACUUUCGCAGACACAAAAGUUCUUAUUCCUCGCCGGACUGAUGGUUAUGAAUAUCGUCAUUAUAAUUUAUCUAGCGAUACCCUAUAAAUACAAAAAGUACAAAUCCGUUGAAAAAUUUGACGAUUACGCAUUGGUGGACAAGAGAAGAAGAAAUCUUGAUGGAAGAUUGGAGGCAAUCGACUCAACAUCUAAAUGAGACAACUGAGAACAACCGACUGGAAGCAAAAUCUAGAGAUGGAAAGUUCGACAGCGACAAUUCCGACAAUCGCAAAUGAAACUCGCAUGAGGAUUUGAGUGGCGAGAACGGUGGUUCAAUCGUUGGGAGAGCAGAUGGUUCGUUAGGUCAAGGAAAUCACUGGUAAAUUCGGCAGCUGAAUUGCGGUUCGAGAUUUGUGACCGAUUUUCCUUGGACUCGUGAAGAAUCAGAACGAAGAAAUGAGGAACAAAAAUCUUAAGAAUAUGGCUACAAUCCGAAAAUGCCAAACAAUUUUUUGUCUUCCUUUUUUGAAUCAGGGCUCUCUAACGUCAUAUUGCUAAUUUUAUUUUGAAUAAAGUAAAAGGUAAUUAAAAAGAAGGGGGGAAAAGAGGUUGCAAAACCAAUGGAUGUGUGACUCUGCGCUGAAAUUGAUUUUCCUUGUUCGUAGGUGUCUUUAAUUUUUCCUAUGUUAAGAUUUAAGAUCUGAACCAUCAAGAUGUACACAUCUUUUGUCUUAAUUAUAGCAUAUAUAGUGAGACACUCUGAGAGCCUCACUCAGAUUGAUUUCGUUGUGAUAAAAAAAAAUAGUUCGUUAUCUCGAUCAAACUGUUUCGAUAAUAUUUGUAUAUUCAACCUGUAACGCGAUGUAACAUUUUGACUAACGAUUUUGCAUUGUAUUAUUCAUCCAAAAAAUUUAAUUUUGUUUACCUAUACGAUUCACGGUCGAUUUUGUAAAGAUGACGAUUUGCUCGGAAUGCGUACUUAACUGACGACGCUUCGUUAAAGCAUUGCCGCAAAAUUAUAUUUCCCGCAUAUGACAUCCUAAAAUAUUGCCCACUUGGCGGGAACAUACUCUACUUAACAAAAACAUUGCUCACCCGUCUUGGAUUUAAACAAAAACCAUUUGGACCACAUUUCGCA